GCAGCGCCGAGCGAGCCCCGCACCGCCCGCCCCGCACCGCCGCCAUGGCCCAGCCCGCCCGGGCCCCCGCUGCCUAUCCCGGCCAGCAGCCCUGCAGCAACGGUCCUGUUCAGAAUCAGCUGAUGCACUCACCAGAUGGCCAGGGAUACAGCCCUUCAGCUGCAGGAUCGUAUCCGCAUCAGGCACCGGGGAAGGUUCCUCCCCAUCAGUCUUUGGGACAGUAUAACUACAGUGGCUCUCAGAAUGUUCCUCAAUUAAACAAUUAUCAAGGACCUGGGCAGACUCUCAACAGGCCACCAGUGGCACCUUUCUCUGGGUCACCAGUACAACAAACAGGUCCCGUUCCACAAGCGCUGCCGGCGUUGCAAAACUCUGCUGCUGGAUCACCUGCUGGUAGCUUUCCUCCUGGAGCUAACCCAGCAGUGCUUUCAAACUGGCAGCACAGCCAGGCUCCUGUGAGCCAGCCAGUGGGGUCUCAAACCAGCCAUUUGGCUCACAUGACAGGGACAGGGUCAGCUCAGCCACUACUGUCCUUACCAGGAAAUACAAAUCCUCCAGGAAGUUACCAAUAUGCUGCUUCUUCGGGUGGUCCUCCGCUUCAGAACAGCUACAUGAAGCCAGGAUCAGCACCUCCACCAGUGACUCAGCCUUUAACUCCACUUCAGCCCCCUCCAAGGCCACCUUUAGGACCCCCACCAGUUGGUGGUCCACCUUUAAUUAGGCCAUCAACACUGACAGCAGGACCACCUAACACACAGGCUCUGCUAAACUCCGCUGCAGUUCGAGAAGGUGAUGCUACAUCUGCUGCCAGUGAUGGGUCCGUGGUGCAGAACAGCUAUGAUGCAAUAGAAGGUGGUGGCCUCAUGGCAACUCCACAUCCCUCUCCUGCACCCCCAAAUCUUAAGAUGAAUAGAAGUGUUGGGUAUUCAUACCCUGCCUUACCUCCAGGAUACCAAAAUACUUCUCCACCCGGAGCACCAGGAAUGCAAACAUCUGCUUUGCAAUAUCCAGAUGGAUCAAAACAUUUACAACAGCCUGCCCUUGGCACUAAUCACUUAACUGCAUCUAUGGGUAGCCUGAGUCUACAGCAAGAAGGAUUAAAACCUGUUAAUCUUCUUCAAGAAAGAAAUAUUCUCCCUACAACCCUCUUGAAGGCUCCUGUCCCAAACUUGCAUGAAGAGAUCCAGAAGCUCAACUGUAAUCCUGAGUUGUUCCGCUGUACCUUGACUAACAUUCCUCAAACUCAGGCCUUAUUGAAUAAAGCCAAACUUCCUUUGGGGCUCCUGCUUCAUCCUUUCAAAGACUUAUCGCAAUUGCCUGUGGUCACCUCAAGCACUAUUGUGAGAUGCCGUUCCUGCCGGACGUACAUUAACCCUUUUGUCAGCUUUCUAGACCAAAGGAGAUGGAAAUGCAAUUUGUGCUAUCGAGUGAAUGAUGUUCCUGAAGAAUUCAUGUAUAAUCCUGUGACAAGAGUUUAUGGAGAACCUCAUAAAAGACCUGAAGUCCAGAAUGCUACUAUUGAGUUCAUGGCUCCAUCUGAAUACAUGCUUCGUCCACCUCAGCCACCUGUGUACCUCUUUGUGUUUGAUGUCUCUCAUAAUGCAAUAGAGACAGGAUACUUGAAUACAGUCUGCCAGACCUUGUUAGACAAUCUUGACUUGCUUCCUGGAAACACUAGAACAAAAAUAGGCUUCAUAACAUUUGACAGCACAAUCCAUUUCUACAGCCUUCAGGAAGGUCUCUCGCAGCCCCAGAUGCUUAUAGUUUCAGAUAUCGAAGAUGUAUUUAUACCAAUGCCAGAAAACUUACUAGUAAAUUUAAAUGAAAAUAAAGAGCUAAUUCAGGAUCUGCUGAGGAGCCUGCCACAGAUGUUUACCAAGUCCCUGGAAACUCAGAGUGCUCUGGGGCCUGCAUUACAGGCUGCCUUUAAACUGAUGUCCCCCACUGGAGGUAGAAUCUCUGUCUUCCAGACACAGCUUCCAUCUGUGGGAAUGGGAGCUCUGAAGUCACGAGAAGAGCCAAACCAAAGAGCAACUGCAAAGGACAUUCAUCUGACACCAUCGACUGAUUUUUACAAGAAGUUAGCCUUGGACUGCUCAGGGCAACAGGUUGCAGUAGAUUUAUUUCUUCUUAGUGGACAAUAUUCUGACUUGGCUUCUCUAGGUUGUAUAUCAAGGUAUUCUGCAGGCAGUGUCUAUUACUACCAGUCUUACCAUCAUAAACACAAUCCUGUCCAGGUGGAGAAGUUGCAAAAGGAACUGAAACGAUAUUUAACUAGAAAGAUUGGGUUUGAGGCUGUCAUGAGGAUAAGAUGCACCAAAGGUCUUUCCAUUCAUACUUUCCAUGGGAACUUCUUUGUAAGGUCUACAGACUUGUUGUCCUUACCCAACGUAAACCCAGAUGCAGGAUAUGCUGUGCAAAUGUCAGUGGAAGAGAGUCUGACUGAUAUGCAAGUUGUUUCCUUUCAGUCAGCUCUCCUGUACACAUCCAGCAAAGGUGAAAGACGAAUUCGUGUCCACACUAUGUGCUUACCUGUGGUAACAACACUGAGUGAUGUCUACCUGGGGGCAGAUGUUCAAGCCAUCACGGGGCUGUUAGCCAACAUGGCUGUGGACCGCUCAGUCUCUGCCACUUUGAGUGAUGCUCGGGACGCCCUGGUCAACGCCGUCAUCGAUUCUCUGUCCGCUUAUCGCUCCUCAGUGCUGAGCAUCCAGCAGCCUGGCCUCAUGGCCCCCCACUCCCUCAGGCUCUUCCCUCUCUAUGUACUGGCACUCUUAAAACAGAAAGCUUUUCAAACUGGGACAAGCACACGUUUAGAUGAGCGCAUUUUUACCAUGUGUCAAGUGAAGAACCAGCCCCUUGUUUACCUCAUGCUUAUGACGCACCCCAGCCUGUACAGAGUGGAUAACCUCACGGAUGAGGGAGCUCUUAACAUAAAUGACAGAACUAUACCUCAGCCACCCGUCCUCCAGCUGUCUGUGGAGAAGCUGAGCAGGGAUGGUGCUUACCUAAUGGAUGCUGGCUCUGUAAUGUUUCUGUGGAUUGGGAAGAACUGUGGGCAGAGCUUUAUCAGCCAGGUCCUUGGAGUUCCAAAUUAUGGCUCAAUACCCCAGAAUAUGACACAUCUCCCAGAACUUGAAACUGCAGAAUCUGCCAGAACAACAGCUUUCAUUUCCUGGCUAAGGGAACAGAGACCUUUCUUUCCUAUACUAUAUAUAAUCAAGGAUGAGAGUCCAUUGAAAGCAAGUUUUCUGCAAAACAUGAUUGAAGACAGAACAGAAUCAGCCUUAUCAUACUAUGAAUUCCUCCUUCAUAUACAGCAGCAAGUGAAUAAAUGAAACACUAGCCUUUGGCUCACUUCUUUAAGGAAAGAUUUUGCAGUAAAGAACAAUUGUCCUUGUAAUAUCUUCAUUAAAUCUGUGGCCUGAGGCAGUUGAUGAGAACUUCUCACUGUGAUUUCAACAAACUAAAGCAAAUAAAGGACCACAUCUAAGAAUCAAAUGUGCAACUACAUAAUAUUGUACCUUAAAAAAAAAGAAAUCAAACUGUUGGAACUGGUUGAGCACCUUUAAUUUGCUGCAAAUCAUGUUUUUACUGUUAGUAGUUGCAGCAUGAAGUACAUUUACAGAGGCAAUACUGAAAAGGUGAAAUACAUUUUGUAAAAUAAAGAGUUCUUUGUUGUUCAAAAUGUAUAUUUCUGUAACUCUGCUUUUUUUUUUUUUUUUUUGCUGCUAGAUAUAAAACCUCACAAUACUGAUCAUGAUUUGCAGGGAAAUUUUUUCUAAGUGCAUCCAGUGAUUACAGACAGCAUCUCAGUGUUCAACCUAAGGCUUAAAGUAGCAAUGAAACGACUGUUCAUUGUGAAACGAACAAAUACCUAUAAUCCAGUGCUUGGAUGGAUUAUGGCUAAUAGGACUAAAGGUAAGCUUCACCUGGAUGAGAUGACUGAAUCUGGUAAAGCUUUUAAUAAGUCAGUAUUCUAAUUAAGAAAGAGUGGAGAGGAGUGGGCUUUCUAUGAGACAAAAAGUCAGUGGCUGAGUGGGCAGCAAAAGCAGCCUUAGGUAGAUGACAAGCUUUGUUUUUUCUCAGUAAAAGGAAUAGUUUUUAAUUUCAGCUUGUGAAUGGUGUGGGAGGGGAAGGGCAAGGAGGGUUAUCUCAGAUUUUUUUCUUUAUGCUUAAUAGACUUUUGGCUCUUGUUUACAUUAAAUGAAUGUCAGGCCCUUAAAAUCUGGAGUUCCUGAGGCGAGUUUGUAUGGUGGAACUUCAGGCUUAAUGUUCUGAGACAAGGUUGACUAUUCUGACAUCAAAAUUGGAAAAGAAAUUACUUUUCCAAAGCAAAAAAUAUUGUAUUGUGUUGGAAGAUUUAUAGUUUGAGACACGCUUGAAGUUUUCAAUUAUUAUUUUUUACUGCAGCUGUGUAAUGAGUCUAGGUCCACAGCCAGUGUGCACCAAAUAAAGGCUUUACAUAUACUCUCAGAUCCCUGCCAGAGCUACAGGUGGAACUUGACAUUGAACUUGCAGUGAGAAUUUAUAUGCAAAAAUCAUUUUCUAAAAUUGUAUUGAUAAUUGUUCUGUUUCAGAGAUCAAGCUGUCAUUGAUAGAUACCAACAUAAAGAGUAUUUAAGUUACUGUGCCCGUGGGAGUGUUUCAUACGGAAUAAUCUUGGUUUGCUGUUGUGUUUGAUAGUAGGAAAUGUAAAGGUCUUGCAAAACUGCUUCUUGGGGCAAGUAACUUGAAGAAGUAAAACACUUCUAAGGGGUCAAAGGUACUGUGAUUAGACUAGUUAACUUCCAUUUUGUGAUAGAAGUGUCACAGGACAUCAUGGGGCAAUCAUUUGCUGCCACCUGAGGUUGUAACUGCACGUGAUUGUCAGGAGUUGCCUUAUUUCAGGGGAGGAGUUUCUUUGGGGAAAUGGUUCUUGUUGCUUGAGCACAAGAAGGUGAAGUUCAGAAUAAUGUCUAAAAUAGCAUGAGAAGACUUUUAUGGAACCAAUUGAAGCUUCCCUGUCUGCUCUCUCUGUAGCAAACAGGAGUAUAUUUUACUUGAACAGCUUUUCAGAGAAUUGCACAGUUUCUAGUCAUAGUGAAGAGGUUUCUUAAGUUUUGACAGUAAUUUUUUUUUCCUCUUUAAAUCAUAAAUUUAAAUAAAUAAAUAAAACUAUGCACUUGCAUAGGUUAUGACUUAAACCUAGUAUUUUGGGUAUAUUAUCACCCAAAUGUUGAAAAUCAUCCAUCUAACAGCCCACCUUGGUUCUUGCUGUGACUGUGUUUUCCUACUAUAUCCCUUAUUUUUUUUUAAGAAUGUAAAUGUUGGAGACGGGUUCAUUGCUUUAUGUACAUCAGACUUAAUGGCUCAAGAUGUCAGUUUUUCUGGCAAUUAACAACUUUGAAUUAGGGUCCCUAAGUUUUACAGAGCAAAAGAUGAUAAACAAGAAUCAGAUGAACCCUCUUGGAGUUCUCUUCACCACAGAAGAGAUUCCUGUUCCGAGCUUUGUUAGUUUAUCCCCUCGCAGUGGGGGAGGCCUGCUGGUUCACCUGGUAUUGCCAUGAGGGCAACACAGGACAGAUGAACACACAAACUCCCUAAAAUGUGUCAUUUUUACCUACAAUUGAAAAAUGAGGAGACUGAAGAUGAUCUGCAGAAAUAGGCAAGAGUGGCUCUGGUAUUUAGAUCUCAGCCUGACAGCUCUACCACUGCAAAUGUACUCUAUUUUUCUAGUUGAAAACUUUUUUGUUUUAAACUAUUUCUGUAUUUGACACGUUAGUGUUCAGCCAACAUUGUUACCAUCCAUUUUACUUUGCUUUCAUUAUUGUUUUUAAUUUAAUAUAUAGUCUAAGUCCACAUAGACUGUGUUGCAAUAACUAGAAUGAUUCACUUUUAUUUAGAAUUAAUUUCUUAACAGAAUUUAAUAAAUGGCUGUUAAAUAAGGGACCAUUAAAUGUGAUUUUAAGGUUCUGUUUACUAUUAUGGAUGUAAUCCUUAUAGUAAAUUUAAUUUUGUAAAGUAGUGUAUAAUAUUGUAAUAUUAAAUCUUUUUUUUCUGAACUCAAACAUUUGAUCUUCAGUAUGAAGUUAUAAAUCUUCCCCCUUCUGAAUCUGAGACAGGAUUUACUUGUCCUCCUUUUUACAGUUUGUAAUUUUCACUGUUUUAUUCCUGUAAAAAGUCAUUUGUAACACAUGCAAAUGCUUAUUUUAUCUGUGCUAAUUUAUCAGAUUUGGCUACUCAAUAAAAUUAAUUGAAAGAACUCAUACAA